GAUGCUUUAAAAUAUAUAAUUUUUAUUAAUUCUUUAACAAUCACGUUUAAUAUCACAUUUGAAUUAAGUAUACUAUAGCUACAGCCAUUGCAUAUGACUUCCGUUCAAUGAAUCCAAUCAUGUAUAAUAAUUAAGGCGUUGGCUCAAAAUUUCAAAAACUUUUUAUUAAAUUUAUAUAAAAUAUAAAUAUUAAAUUCAUAUAAAAUAAUAUGAUAAUAACUAAAUAUAGAAUAAUUACAAUUAAAUUAUUAGUAUUGUUUUAUACAUAUUCAAAAGAUUAUUAAUAAUAUCAAUAAUUAUAAUUCUCAUAUUUUAUAUAAAUUUAAUUUUUUAUGUAUUUAAUAAAAAUUUUAAUUUAAAAGUUUAUAUAUAAUAAAAAGUGUAUUAUUAUGAAACGAAUUAGAUUAAAAUUUCAUUCAAAAUAAAACAUAUGUAUCAAAUUUCAUGUACAAAUACAAAAUUUUAUCCAAGUUUUUAUAAUUUUAUCUCUAAAAUUAUCGAAAGAAUAUCUAUAUUUCAUAUUAUAAACAUAUUAAAAAAUCAUUACAAUUUUAUUUAAUUAAUUCUUUUUCAUCGAAAAUACAACUGACUACAUCUUUGUUUAAAUUUAGUCACGUGUUGAAAUGAAUUUUAAUAAAAUAACCUCAAAGUUCAUUAUAAAUUUUUUAUAUCUUUUUUUAACAACUUUAAAUGAUAAAUGAGAUUUCCAAAGUAAUAUUCAAUAUAUUUCUAGAUAAAUUUAAGCAAUAGAAAUGAUUAUAAAACAUAAAUAAAUACAGGAAACGCGUGUCACGCGCUCCAAAGAGCAAAAGCUUGCGCAAUAGGCGUGCGCGAUGAUCGAAUAGAGAGUCUAUAGCGCGACUGACGUCAGAUAUAAAAGAUGAAAGACGGCACAGGAUUCGCUUGCAACGCUGUAGUCCGCAGUCGCGAACCAAUGGCAAGAGAAUAGACAUUACCAAGCUUCAGCAGCCUCUUCUUCUCUCACUCGUCACUCGUCACAUGACCCGCACUCCUGCACGAUAAGCCAUAUUUGACAGUGGCACUAGUUUAGCGAAGUGAGUGCGUGAAGAUCGCUCUUCAUCCGACGUUCGCGUUUCGACAACCUGUAAAUACUCGUGAUCGAUUUGACCUACGAGUCUUGAACACAUCACAAUGUCCGACGAAGAUCAUCCUAUUUAUGCGCCCUUCUUUGGAGUAAUGGGCGCUGCCUCAGCCAUUAUAUUUUCUGCUUUAGGAGCAGCAUACGGCACAGCAAAGUCAGGUACAGGAAUUGCAGCCAUGUCUGUUAUGAGGCCAGAACUUAUCAUGAAAUCAAUUAUUCCUGUUGUUAUGGCUGGUAUCAUUGCCAUUUAUGGUCUUGUAGUAGCUGUUUUAAUUGCUGGUGGUCUAGAAGAACCUAAAGGAUAUACUUUAUUCAAGGGUUUUGUACAUCUGGGUGCUGGUUUAGCCGUAGGUUUUUCUGGUUUAGCUGCUGGAUUUGCUAUUGGUAUUGUUGGUGAUGCAGGUGUAAGAGGUACCGCACAACAACCUCGCCUGUUUGUCGGUAUGAUCUUGAUUCUAAUCUUCGCAGAAGUAUUGGGUCUCUAUGGUCUCAUCGUUGCCAUCUACUUGUAUACCAAGUAAAACAAUUUUAGUAGCAGGAAUGCAAGACUCGUCGCCUGCAACCAACAACGUUCCCCGACUCUUAAAAUAUUACGACUUGUUUCGAGAUUUUACUUAAACACAUUUUUUCCAUGCAUACUCACAUUGAUUCAUCUAAGCAUCCUUCUGUAAUACUGUAUUCAAGUUGAUAUUAGAAUCCAAGCAUUUAAUAAGUACAUAUUCAUUACAUAAAUGACAUAAUUGUUGAUAAAUAUUGCAAACAAGUAACAAGAGUGCUGAAAAUCUAAUUAAUUGAGUAAACAUUUUGAAUUGAAAACAAAUAAUUCUCUCUCUCAGUCUUGCAUGAAGAGGAUGUAUGUACAGAAAAGCAACAGGCGACAGGGAGUUAUACUAAAAAAAGACCUUAAAUAUCCCAUGUCGAACAUUUCUCUUUCACUGUAUAGUAAUCAUUUGUAGUGUAGUUUGACAUUGAAUUAUCAAUUAAGAUAAUCGGCUCUACUGAGUGUAUAAAAGAAAAAACUGUUAAUGAUAAAAGAAUAUUUAGCACAAUUAUAUAUAUUAAAUGAGAUUGAAGUGACAGUAUACAGAUUGCAAAUGAACGUCUUUUAUGACAAAAAUAUAUGAAAUUGUAAUAUCUGAAUUAGAAAGUGAAAAGAAUACGCAAGAUUGCGCGUAAGAAACAGCAUAAUAUGUGAUGGUUGUACAAACUUUAUCUUAAACAGAAAAAGAACAUAGACAUUGUACAAUCGAAACUACAAGACACAAAGUAUAGUAUGUGGAAUGAAGUUUUAGGGAAAAAAAUGAAAUGAAUGUGAGUAGAUAAUGGACAGAUACAUGAUAGUAUUAAGUCAAUUCAGAAACUGCUGGACGUAUCAGGAAUUUGCACUUAUUAUAGGUAGCAAUGUAUGUAUGAUUUACAAAAUAAUUUUGGGUGACUGCAAAGGCCAGCAAUUUCCCUCUUUCAGCUAAACAUGCUUAUAUCACAUUUCAUUAGAUAUAUAUAUAUGCAUAAAUAUAUAUGUUAAUGAAGUGACAAGUAUGUUGAUGCAACACAAAAAAAUAAUUCCAUACGUUCCAGCAGAUGUAUGACUACCUAAGAAAAGGAGUUACGAGAUAAUAAUGGUGAAAAAAAAUAAUUUGUACAUUCCAUAAUAAGUUUGUUCAGUACAGGCGAGCGGGCGCUUAUAAUGGCGCAACAAAUGUAAAUUUUUUGGGUAAAAAAAAAAAAAGAAAAAAUUAAUUACUUUACAUUUCUUUCAGGACGAAGUUUUUAAAUAAAUAUAAUUAUGAAGUUAUUUAAUAUAAAUGAAAUUAUUUUGGUAAGUUCACUGUCAUGGGAGCUGGCAAUGAACUUCUCAUUCAUCAUGGCCUUUUAAUUGGCCAUUAUCUCUCUUUAUAAUAAAUAUGUAUCAUCUCAUAGUCGAGGACAAGAAUUUAUUGCGCCCGCUUGUUAAAAUUUUAUUGACUGCGCAGUAUUUUCUAUCUAAAACACAAUAAAGCUCAACGUGUAGGCGCAUUUCCGGGAGAGAAUAAAUAUAUAAACACUCAAUGUUUAAAAAUGUUUUAGCUUGCAACAAUAAUGCAUCAAAAAAUGAGAAUUCCUUUAAAUUUAUCUAAUCGAAAAAAAGAAACAAGAAAUAGAAUGAGUUUAUGCUUCAAUGUAUCUUUUCAUCGUUUAUAAUCCUCGCUUGAAAAUGCACCUAUAUUAAAUUACAUUAAAAAAAGAUUUUCUCAUCAAAUAGUUAUUAGAAAUUGAAUUUUUAACAACGAUGAUACAAAGAAAUGGAAUAAAAACAGCAUAAUGGAAAUAGAAGAAAAAUUGAAAAUCUUUUGAAAAAUUCGUAAUUAUAACGUAUAACACAAGUGAAAUACAAAUGCGAGCCGGGGAGCGGUGGUGGUGACUUUCCGCAACGAAGGAAAAAACGAAAAAAAGAGAGUUACAGAGAGCAUAAAAAUGAUUUUCACUUCACAUUCGAUAAAAUGCAAAACAGCACAUGAGUAUAUUAUGCCAAUUACCUCUGUUCCUCCUUUUUCCUAUCUUCCUAGAUUCCUAUUUCUCUAGUAGUAAUAAUUUAAAAAAAAAUUUGCUAUAAUUAUAAACUAUGUCCGUAUAAUGUAUAUAUCACUCGCCAUGCUUUACAGAAUACAAUUAAAAUUUUUUAGACUAGAUUAGGUUAGGUAUUAUAGGAUACCAAAACCUUUUGUAGUUGUGAGUGAACGUAAAAUCGAUAUGCAAAUAAGCAUGUAUGUGUGUGUUACGUGUGUAUAGUAAAGAAAGGAAGACCGAUGAAUGUUAGUACGUGUGAAGAAGAAUGAAUGAAGAGCAAAAAAUAAAAAAAAAAAAUAAAAAUAAACGAAAAAGCACUGGCAGAUGGAGGAAAGAUAACCGCCGCCGCCGCUGCCCCCAACGUACUAUCUUCCAGUGUUAUUAAAAAAAAUAGUCUCAUUGUUGAGCGCAAAAAAGUGAUACUGAUCAAUAAUAAUUAUUUAUGUUAUAAUUCGUCCUCGAUGUUACAGAAAGAAACCGUGUUUAAUAAAAAUUUAAUUUGGACAAACA